AACAGAUGAAAAUAACGGACGGGUGUUGUUUAUAGUUCCAGUAGGAGUUCACUGACUUUGGGUUUAUUCCAUGUCUGUUCUGAGUGAACAGUUUUUGUUUUCUCUUUGAAAGAAGUAUUGUUAUGGAUUCUUGCCUGCGAAAUAAUUAGCUCAUAGGCCGGCUACUAGUGGUGCGGUUGCCCUCAUGGUGGUGUUUCCGAGCUCGCUCACGGAGGAAGAGGAGGCUCUGCAAAAGAAAUAUGCUAAACUGAAGAAAAAGAAAAAGGCACUGCUUGCCUUGAAGAAGCAGAGUUCAACGAACCAGACAAACCAGAGUGGCUUGAAACGGACACUGUCAGACCAGCCUGUUGUUGACACGGCAACAGCAACAGAGCAAGCGAAGAUGCUCAUCAAGUCGGGGGCGAUCAGCGCUAUUAAAUCUGAGAACAAAAACUCUGGAUUUAAAAGAUCUCGAAUGCUGGAAAUUAAGCUCAAGGACCCCGAAAAAGGCCCAGUUCCCGCUUUCUUACCAUUCCAAAGGAGCGUCUCAACAGAUGAAGACCAGCCUGAGUCUGGAAAAAGAGCUCACAGGAAGUCUCUGUACGAGAGCUUUGUUAGUUCAAGUGACCGAUACCGGGAUGAGGACGAAGGAGGCAGUAUGUCAUCCAGCCGGGACAUGGACAGAGACAGAGAGAGAGAGAGAGACCGUGAGCGAGAUCUGGAUAGAGAGCGGGACAGGGAGAGAGACAGAGACCGGGACAGAGAUCGAGACCGAGGCAGGGACCGAGACAGGGAACGGGACCGGGAAAGAGAAAGAGACCGAAGCAGAGAAAGAGAUCGAGACCGGGACAGGGACCGGGAACGAGACAGAGAUGGACCAUUCAGACGGUCAGACUCGUACCCAGAGCGCAGAGGGGUGCGAAAGGGCAACACGGUCUAUGUUUAUGGCUCUGGGCUCGGCGAAGACAACCUGCGCUCAGCUUUCUCUCAACACGGAAACAUCAUCGAUCUCUCAAUGGACAACCCACGCAAUUGCGCAUUCAUCACAUUUGAAAAGAUGGAAUCUGCAGACCAGGCUGUAGCUGAGUUGAAUGGAACCACAGUGGGAGACGUACACAUCAAAGUCAGCAUCGCCAGGAAGCAGCCGAUGCUGGAUGCUGCCACUGGCAAAUCUGUGUGGGCUUCACUGGCCGUGCAGAACAGCACCAAAGGCUCCUACAGGGACAAGAGGAACCAAGUGGUGUACAGUGAAGAUUUCCUGGGAUGAAAAGUCCAUGUUUUUGAUUUAAAGAGUGGAUAACCUGCUGCGUGAGCUCUCUGCCUUGUAUGAUACAUGGAUUAUCUGUAGCCUUUUUGAUCAGACCACUGUAGUUACCAUGUCCUGCUAUUUGUGGCAGCUUUGCGUGUGAAACUAGAUCUGUUUUGUUGAGCUCAAAAACAAAAUAAAUUGUAUUCAUGAAUUG